AUGUUUUAUAAUAAAGAGAAUCACAAUAAUAAUAAUAAAAAAAAUCCAGAGACUUUUAAGAAAAGGGACGAUAAUUUCUCGACAUAUAAAGAAAGCAUAUACAGUUUCAAUAAUAGCAAUUCAUCAUCUUGUGAAGAAAAAAAAGAUAAUAUAAAUAAUAAAAGUAAUAUAAAUUAUUUUGUAUAUACUUCUGAAUUUGAAGAACUAUAUAAAGAUAAAGCUAAAGAUUUUUUAGGAGAUAUAAAUAAUACAUAUAAUAAACAAAAAAAAGAAAAUUCGUUUUAUAGAAACAAUAGUAACCUUUCUCAAAAUACUGAAGAAUAUAGCAGUAAUAAUUUUUCAACUGGUCAUAAAAUAAAUAUUGAAAAGAAAAUUUUUUAUAAGAAGAAAAAAUCAACAAAGGAUAAUAAAAAAAAUAAGGAAAUUAAUAAUCAAUAUAUAAAGGAUAAAGGUGAAUUGUAUAAGGAUCAUAAGUUAAACAAUAAGAGUAAUCAUAAACAUAUAAAAGAAGAAAAAAAAGAAAAGGAACAAGUACAAGCAGAUAUAGAUAUAGAUAGAGAUAGAGAUAUAGAUAGAGACGUAGACGUAGACGCAGACGUAGAGUUAGAAGAAGAAAAGGGAACAGGAAGACCAGAACAGAUAUAUCCAAAAAAUAUAGAAUUUAAAGAAAAAAAACAACAAACUAAAAAACAAAAACAAUUACAAGAACAAAAUUAUUCAAAACCAUAUAAUUUUUCAUACGAAUUAGAAAAUAAUUUGUUUGAAAAAAAUAUGAAUAAUUCUCUUAACCUCACAAGAAAUAAUAUAAUGAAUUUUUGUGACUACAAUAAAAUGAAUAAUAUGAAUAAUUUGAAUAAUAUGAAUAAUUUGAAUAAUUUAAAUAAUUUGAAUAAUAUAAAUAGUGUGAAUAAUUUAAAUAAUUUGAAUAAUAUAAAUAGUGUGAAUAAUACGACCAAUUUAAACCAUAUGAAUAAUAUUAGCAAUUUAAAUCAUAUGAGUGAUACAAAUAAUGUGAAUAAUAUGAACAAUGUUCAUAGCUCACAUUAUAAUAACCCAUCUACACAUCCUAGCAACAUUAAACAUAUGAACAGUAUGAAUAACCUACGAAAUAAUAAUGAUAUUAUUUUUAAUGAUGAAGAUAUAUUUUUUAAUUCUAAAAGAAUAGGCAUGGAUAAAGGAUCAAAUGUUAAAAAGACAAAUCUUAUAUAUAAUUCAAAGAAAAAGAACACGAUGAAUCUUGAAAAAAAUGAGAGUAUAAUAUUUAAUCAUGGUUUUAAGAACCCUGUUGAUAUUAAUGAGAAAUGUAUAAACAACAAUACUAAGAUAAAAAUAAAAAGAUUAUGUGAAAAAAUUGAAGGAUUUGAAAAAGAAAUAAAGAAUGAAAUUCUCCAAAAAAAAAAUGUAGAAAAAGAAAAAAUUUAUAUUAUUAGAGAAGCUAUAAAUAAACUUGAAAAAAAUCUAAAUAAUGAAAUCAAAAAAAGAAUAGAACAUAAUAGAAAUAUUCAAAAUAUAUUUUCAUCUGAAAUUUUAAAAGUACAAGAAAAAAUAGAAAAUGUUGUACACGAUAAAGUAAAUGAAAUAGAAAAUGCUAUAAAAGUUUUAAAUGAUAAAAUUAAUACUAUUAGUUCUAAUAUAGAAAAUGAAAAAGUUAAAUGUAUUCAAUCAUUAGAAAAAAAAAAUAAUCAUAUUGCACAAGAAUUUGCAGUGCUCCAGUCAAACUUUCAACAAGAAAAGGUUCAUAACAAGGAGAAAGAAAAUAAUAUUUGUAAAAAGUUGGAAGACAUUGAAAAGAAAAACGAGGAAAAAAUAAAUACAGAGAAGAAUAUACGGGAUAGUAAGUACCAAGAAAUUAUAUCAUACAUAGAAGAAAUAAAACGAGAGAAGAAAGGAAAAAAUGAGAACUUUCAAAAUUUUGUGCUAGAAGAAAUAGCAACAAUAAAAAAUGGAUUAAUUAUGGAAUCGCAAGCAAGAGAAGCAGCAGAUGAUGAUAUUGUUCAGGCAGUAAAUCAUUACACAAAGGCAUUACAAGAUUCGUUAAGACUAAUAAAUUCUAACUAA